AUGGCGGAGCACUGUGAGGAGCAGGACGGCGGGCGCUGGGUGCCGGGGGAUGGCGGAGCGCUGUGAGGGGCAGGACGGGGGGGCUGGGUGCCGGGGGAUGGCGGAGCGCUGUGAGCGGCGGCCGCACCGCCCGCCUCGCACGAGCGCUCCCGGCGCCGCCGCCAACGCCGUUACCGAGCGAGCAGAAUAAGCGGUGGCCAUGGCGGAGCAGCCACGGCCCUGUCUCGAAGAGACGGCCCCCGACGGGGCUCCGGAGAUACCGAACGCUGGAAAGUUGCGUCCUGCGGGAAGCACGGUUGCGAGUUGUCUCAAAGAGGUGGUACCCAGGCCUGUUACUCCGACUGUUGUACGAAAGUUUCGAAAUACAACAGAUCCAGCUCCUGGUGUUAAAGUAAUAUUCUAUGGUGUAGCAGAUGAUCCCGAUGUUGCAACUCACUUGACACAUGGCAUAAAGUCAAGCUCCAAACUCACUGUAGCUUCAUUGAUAAGUCCAGUUGCUAAGAGUGAAUUUCAAGAAAAGAUGCAAGACAGGAAAGAAGCAAUUUACUCCAGUAAACGUGAAGCACCUUUGGGUAGAUCACAUGAUCAAUCUUCUAAGUUACCUGAGGGCUUGGAUAUAAUCAAUACUACAUUUGGAAUAAAAGUCUUCAAAGAUUUAACAGCUGGAGAGCUUGUAAAUCCACCAAAAACUUUUGAGGAAGUGGAUAAAGAAGCGAGAGAAGGACAUAAUUUGUAUGUUCUGUCACAUGAGGAUUAUUAUGCGGGGGAACCAAUCAAUAGGAAGUAUAACUCACACUUUGACAAGUCUUUUGUUUAUGGAAUGGAAACCCCUCACUAUGAAGAUGGGCGAAAUACAGCCAAGACCUUAAACUGGGUCUUGGACCUGGAUUCGAAGAGAGCACCACACCUUGUGUCAAAAAGAAGCGAUGAUUUUAAGGAAAAAUUCCAGCCUCUGGUUGGAAAAACUUUUGAUCCUAUAGCAGAAACUAUGAAUGUUCCCCCAGACCAUACAUUUGGAUUGAUGAUCCCUCCAGAUGAAUAUGAUGUUCAUGAUCUUCUUCAUGUCCGGGUUCCAUGUGAGUUCCUACGUGGGAAGGGCAGAGAAAGAGUUAUCUUGAUUGCAGUUCGGCAAAGUCUGAAAAAAGCUAACUAUGAGAAUUUUGAUGUGUUACUAGAAGCAUUAAGACAUUUUGAUAAGAAUGGUGAUGGAAUCAUACACAAGGACAACUUACGAAGGAUCUUUUUUCAGCUGAAUGUGAAUCUAGAUGAUGAGCUCCUGGAUUCCUUAUUUGACUGCUGUGAUUUGGAUAAGGAUGGUCUGAUUAAUUACCAGGACUUUGCGAACUUUCUGAACUGGAAAGAUAAAAUGGGUGUUAAAGAGUUUGAAGAAAAAAUAAUUACAAAAGGGAAAAAAUUAGAUGCCUGUCUUCACAAAGACACAAAAAAAGAAGAUGAGCCACUACCAGAACAGGAAGAUCUCAAGUUAAAAGAAUCAGGAAGCUCAGAAAAAAUGCCAAAACCACUUAGAAGAUCAACAGACCGUGUAUAUACAAAUUAUCAAACAACAUCUUCUCAGUAUAAUGCCGUCGUAGGUGGUAUCCCAGCAUCCUGUUAUCCAUUGUGUGGUGUUCCAACUGUUCGUUCAGAUAUUCCUGCUCCUCGAAUUCGUCGCCUCAGUGACACAACUAAUUAUGGUGACCAGGGCAAUGGUUUUACAAUAUUGUUCCCUUCUGUCUUCAGUCAAAAGGGAGUGUAUGAAAAAGAUCUUUUAAAAAACAGACCAAAAGCAGAGAUUAAACAAAUUCUCCACAAUAUGGGCAUGAAUGUUGCAGAUGAAAGGUUUGAAGAAAUAUGGAAGCAAGUGUGUACAAAACAUGAGAUAAAAGAGCUUUGUGAUUGUGAAGAAAGUAUGUGGAAUAUACUGAAUAGGAUACAUGAAUCACGCAUAGAAUUCUAGUCUCUGAUUCUAGUCUUUGGGCACUGCUUUUAUUUAACAUCAGUCAUAAUUCUGAUGCUGAAUAAAUAAUAAACAAUAAAUAUUUAUGUGUGUAUUGUCUUUCUGAGCAGUGGGUUCACCUCAUAUAUAUGAAUCAUUGAAGUUGGUAAGAAAUGGUAUUCAUGCUUGUAAAUGUAAUAAAAACAUUUAUAUUCCAUUUUGCAUUUUUUAAAUUAACUUUUUCUCUUAGAGAAAGGCACUUUUAAAACUAGUAAAGAUAAGUGUUUCAGAUAUCCAAGGCCUCUCAAAGAUUAUUAUCAUAUAAUGGCAUUUUCUCUUUCCUCUCAUGUUCCAUAAUUCUUGUCAACAGAGAAAUGGUUGUGGCAAAGUAUUUGAGAUGUUUGGAAGUUCAUGUUAUAAAGUGCUUUACAGUAAAAUAGUAAGGAAGGUAUAUAGCAAUAGGUGUGGGAUCCAAAGUGUUGUCAUGAAAGAGACUCCAUAAAAACCUACAGGUUAAGAAGGACCAGAAAUGAAUGUCCAGUUGUGUGGCAGAGGGCUCCUAUUCUUUAUUCAAGCUUCCAACUAUUACUUUAUAGUAUUCAGCUUUCACUAUGAAGAAAAAAGAAUGGGUAUUGAGAGGUGUUUAUGUAAUAAACAUUACAUAAAAGUGCAGGCUGAGUAGUCAGAAAAGUUUGUGAGGUCUUUCAGAAAGCCAGCUGUUCAUCUGUGACCAAUAUGGUUUCUUGGGAAGAGGGAGAGUCAUUAAUGGAAAACACUUAAAGAUUAUUAUGCAAGUCUCAAUGAGUAUAUAUAAAGUCCAGUAAGAAUAAACAAUAAAUAAUACUAAAACCUGCAACUGUGAGUUGGAAUGUUCACUGUUCUUCUACAGUACUGAACUUUGGUGUAAAACAGAUGGAAAUUGUUCACUAUUAACAGUGAGAAAUAUUGCUUCUGACUUUCAAAUUCAAAAGAAACAUCCUUGACCAAUGUAAUCUUAACAUACAGGAUUUCAAGAAGGAUGUAACUUCAUCACCUACUGGUGCUUUAAAUACCUUAAUAAGAUUUGAAGAAUGUUGCCAAAAAGCAUUACUGAGUUUUACAAUGGAAGUAAAGGUUCUGUUUUGUUAAAUAAUAGAAAUGCACAUGUAAUGCCAGGUUUAAAUUUUACUAUAACCCUCUCUUCUUUUGUUUGUUGAGAUUUCUCUUUUGCCUAUGUUCUAGGAGGUGGUCAUUUACAUGUAACUAGCUUGUUAUAUGAAAUCUGCAAGCCAGACCCUUUGGACAUUAUUUUUGUAGCAUUAACAGUAGCUGUUUUACAUCAAGUAGAAAGAGUUUGCUUUCUGGUAUCUCCAAGGUGCAGGUAGUGGAAAUGCUGAUUGAUGAAGGCAACUUCUUUCCGGCUGUGAAUGAAUAUUCUGCACUGUUGCUGCCUUGCCUCCCCAUCCUUC